CAAUUAUCCGUUUAUAUGGAUAAAACACACGUCAGCUUUCACAAGCAGCCGUUCAUGGCAGCUGCUCUCUGUCCCCUCCGCUUUCCCGCCUCUCGCCGGAGAUUCUCUUCCUUCUCUCCGAUCCCAAUCCCUAGCUCUCCGUUCGUCUGCAAUGCUCCUCUUCCAUUGUUGGCCUCGAAUUUUCCUCCUUUGAAGAUUCUCCCGCCCCACCCCGGUUUCCUCCGCCUUCGGAGGUCACCGGCGGCGAGGGAAGAUGAUCAGGAAGAUGUUGGAUCUGAUAAACCGCCGCCGGAGGGGAUUGCGGUGGCUUCGGCGUGCUUGGUUGGUGUUCUCACCGGAAUCGGAGUGGUGCUCUUCAACAACUGUGUCCACAUCAUCCGCGACUUCUUCUGGGACGGUAUCCCCGACCGUGGCGCUUCCUGGCUGAGAGAGGAACCAAUCGGAUCCAUAUGGCCGCGGGUUAUCCUUGUACCGACAUUCGGUGCUUUGAUGGUCAGUGUCCUAAACCAGUUUCGAGCUUCGAUUGGGGAUUCUGGAGCCGAUGCUUCGAAUCUAGAUCGCUUGAAGGCGGUGUUACGGCCAUUCUUGAAGACGGUCGCGGCUUGUGUGACGCUCGGAACUGGCAAUUCUCUGGGGCCCGAAGGUCCUAGUGUCGAGAUUGGAUCAUCAAUCGCUAAAGGAGUGAAUUCUCUGCUCAAAAGAAGUCCUCAAUCUGGUCUCUCUCUUGUUGCCGCAGGCUCCGCGUCUGGAAUUUCCUCGGGGUUCAAUGCAGCGGUUGCUGGAUGUUUCUUUGCUGUAGAGUCUGUUCUUUGGCCUUCUCCUACAGAUCCAUCAAUGUCGCUUACAAACACAACUUCAAUGGUUAUUCUUAGCGCUGUUACUGCUUCUGUGGUGUCAGAAGUUGGUCUGGGUUCCCAACCGGCCUUUAAGGUUCCUGAGUAUGACUUCCGCUCACCUGGUGAGCUUCCGCUGUAUCUUCUAUUGGGCGCUCUCUGUGGCUUGGUUUCGUUGGCCUUAUCUAGAUGUACAUCAUCCUUGACAGCUGCUGUCGACAAUCUUAACAAGGAUGCUGGAAUACCAAAGGCUGUAUUUCCAGUGAUGGGCGGGUUCACCGUCGGUGUCAUAGCUUUGGCAUACCCUGAAGUCCUUUACUGGGGUUUUGAGAAUGUUGAUAUUUUGUUGGAAUCUCGUCCGUUUGUGAAGGGUCUUUCAGCUGACCUCUUGCUUCAGCUGGUGGCUGUCAAGAUAGGUGCUACUGCCUUGUGUCGUGCUUCCGGACUGGUGGGUGGAUACUAUGCCCCUUCUCUUUUUAUAGGUGCCGCAACAGGAAUGGCAUAUGGAAAGUUCAUCGGACUUGCUUUGGCUCAGACGAACCCAGAAUUCCAUCUUUCCAUCUUGGAAGUGGCAUCCCCGCAAGCAUAUGGUCUGGUUGGAAUGGCCGCUACUCUUGCAGGGGUUUGUCAAGUUCCUCUUACAUCAGUGCUACUGCUUUUUGAACUGACCCAGGACUACCGUAUAGUCUUCCCAUUACUAGGAGCUGUGGGCAUGUCUUCAUGGAUUACAUCUGGACGAUCAAAGAGACAAGAAACCAGAGAUGAGAAGAAUAUCAGGACAAGAAACAGCCAGGUGGCUAUGCAAUCUCAAGCGUCUUCCGAUGAGGAAUCAUCAAUGAGUAACCUCUGUGAAGUUGAAAGCUCUCUGUGCAUUGAGGAUUCUCUCUUUCAAAGUGAGGAGCUGGAAAAGAAUAUUUUUGUUUCAGAAGCCAUGAGGACGAGAUAUGUAACAGUUAUGAUGGGUGCUUCACUGAAAGAAGCAGUAACUCUCAUGCUGAUAGAGAAGCAAUCUUGUGCAUUAAUCGUUGAUUCUGAGAAUAUCUUACUUGGUUUACUUACUCUCUCUGACAUUCAGGACUUCGGCAAAGCUAGAGAAGAAGGAAACAAAGGACCCGAGGAAAUUUCAGUGUAUGAAAUAUGUUCGUUGAACGGAGGAAAAUGUAAUGUACGGUGGACUGUUACACCUGAUAUGGAUCUUCUUUCCGCCCAGAAAAUCAUGGACAAGCACAAACUUUCUCAUGUUCCAGUUGUUUCAGGCAGCAUUGAUGCUCAUAGAAUGCUCCCUGUUGGGCUCCUUGACAGAGAAUGUAUCACCAUAACACGCAAAGCUCUAGCAACCAGAAUAUUCCUCGGGUGAUUUCAAUGGCAAGGUCUGCAUCCAAGAAGUGAGUUCACUGUAUAGCUUUAUCUCAGAACACAGAAGGACCAGAAUGGUUAGAAAUCUUUUCUUCUACAAAGCUCUUGCCCCUGAAAAUUUUUCCUCAUGCUGAAAGUUUCGGAGCAUUAGAACUGCAAGCUGUAGAGGAUAGAGAGACACAGGUUUUCUGGAUCUGAUGGGGAGGUGACAGGGAAGAAGAAGCUAUCAUAAUAUCAUUACUUGAAGUGUUUGGGCAGAUCCCGAAAUGUGGAGGAAGGCCGAAAACACUGAGUUGUCUUCAGGAGUUUUGUGAGACUGAAGGCUAUUUUUUUUCAUGAACAGGUGAUUCGUUCUCGUUAUUAUAUCCUUCUUUCUAAAGGUUGUUUGUUAUUGUACCUUAAUUACAAGUAUAUGGACAGAGUUGUCUGAUUAGUUUGCCUAUUGGUAGUGA